CAACUACAUACAUUCAUUUCAUCAUUUAAUCAUCUUUAUUUCUUCGUCCAACAAUCUCUUCCACCAAUUUCAUCGUCUUUACAUCGUCGCGUAUCCAAUCCAGAUACAUUCUCAAUGUGUCUCGGUACUACAAUAUAAAAGGGUUUCUUAUAAUUUACCCAUUCAAUUAAUACGCGCCUAUUACUUGGUGUAAUUCCGAUACUAUAACCUCCAACAAAGCACAAGACAUUCGCGAUCCAUGUUCACACCAAACGGGAACUUUGGCGAUAUAUUCAGUCUCUAGUCGCAAUCUAUUGAGCGUCGCCUAGUCGCUUAUUAGUGCGCAGAGCCCUGAAUUUGAAGCCAUGGCUCCCGUCGUCGCUACCGCCGUCCCUCUUCCUCCUACUCCUAAGAUUAAACGUCCGCCACCUCCGAAUCUUCAAACAAAUGGCGUAUCUUCAUCACAAUCAUCUCCUUCUCCAAAUAUGUCGGCUAAACGUCCUCCACCUGCUGUAGCUAAACAACAGCAACAACAACAAUCGGCGAAUUCAACCACUAAUGGUGUUAAUGGCAAUGCACAUCGACCUAGUAUUUCCCGAUCACGACGCGACACAUCUAAUGCUGGUCCGGGGCGUAACCAAAGAAACAAUAAUUCUCUACGAUCAGCUACAUUAGCACCUGAUACGACUAUUCACCAAUCAUUCGAGCCGCGUCCAGAUGUGGUUACGGAUUCUUAUAUUCUAAAGAAAUACGCCGGACAGCCUCCAUCUCUCAUCGUACAUCUUCAUCCCACCCACUUCCGAUUCGACCAACAAGAUAGUAUUUUUCCAUAUAAAUCACCGAUGAAAUUAUUCCUCGAUCAUGUCAGAACUCGAACGAUACCUCACGAUAUAUUGCCUGAUUUGAACGAUGCUGGUGUAAUUUUUUAUGAAGGUUGUCUUAUUGUACAAUUACACGAUCAUAAGACACCUGCGCAAUUGAAAGAUGUUGCGCGUCCGACAUCCAAGUCUAGUUCCGAAAAACCAUCCUCGAUUCAUAAUUAUAAUCCCUAUAUUACUCCCUCCCCAUAUGUACCUUUUCCUAAGGAAAGCGUCGAAAAUGGAUUAUCAGGAACGGACGAGAAGCCUACUGGAAAUGAUGCUGUUGACAAAGAGAAUAUGCCUGCACCACCUGCUCCAGGUGAGGGUCAGAAAAGCAAGAUACCUCCGAAAGCCAAGGUCUUCACAGUUGUUCUUCAUCCAACCCCACAAAGCUUACAUGCGGAUUUAAUGAUCAAGGCAUCUACACCGGGUGGUGCUGGGGAUGCAAAGUUUGGCGAUGCUAAUGGCAUUCCUCCUACACCAGCGUCUGCUAUACCUCCUACUCCGACAACGGCCAAUAUGCCACCUCCAGCUAAGAAACAAAAAUUAGAGAAAAUGGAAUUAGAUGGAGCCAACAUAUAUGCCGCGGAGGCACAGAUUCUACUCGCGACUGCCGCCCCGUUAAAUCUGAAGGUCGCAAAGAACAAGGAAGAGGCUAUCGCGCUUCUAGAAAAGAUGUCCGAUUCUGCACAUUCCGAACUACCACCGAAACCGAAAACCCGAAAACGUACCGUCGCCGAAAGAGCUGCCGACGAAGCAUUGGCCGCGGAGCAAGAGAAAUAUAUGCUUACUUUCGACGAGCGUCGUUCUACCAAUACUGGUGGCGCACAAGCUAGUACGGAUAGCGGCGAUGGUAAUGGACAAUCUGGCACCACUGCAUUUGAACCUCGAUUCGAACGGUUCAAGGUGCUUGCGGAUAUUAAGAGAGAGCAUGCGGCCAAGAAAGAACGGGAGAAGAUUCAACAAGCUGAAGCCGAGCGUAAGUUACAAGCUCAAAAGCAAGAACAGGCCGCACGACAGCAAGCCGAACAAGAGAAGGUUCGUCGCGAAGAAGCACAACGCCAAGCUCAACUCCGACAGCAGCAGCAACAGCAACAACAGCAGGAAGCUCAGCGUCGCGCAUUAGCUCAACAACAACAGGCUCAAGCUCAGGCACAGGCACAGGCACAGGCACAGGCACAGGCCCAAGCGCAAGCUGCUCAAUCCCCACAGAACGCACAGAUGAACCAAAUGCCACCAUCUUCGCAUGGUCAUCCAGCUCAGAGCGGAAUGACCAUGGCUGCUCAAGCUCCUCACAGAUUCCCACAACAAGUUUCGCAAGCACCCGUUUCAUCACCUGUUGUUCGACAAAAUACACCACAGAAUAUGUCAAGUCCUAUGGUUGGAAAUGCACCUAUGCAACAGACAAAUUCUGGUAUGGGAGCAAGUCCUCCAAGGUCAGGCUCUGUAGUGCAGAAUCAUGGUAUGGCCGUACCCAUGACAGUUAGUAUGUCUGCAAGAGGUAGUCAACAGAGUCAUCCGUCGAAUACGCCUCGUAUGCCGAGUGCAACACCGCAGAUGCAACACGGUACUCCAAUCAACCGUCCUAUGGCUACGCCUAGGAUGAGUCAAGCCAGUCCUCCACCAAAUAUGAUUGCUCAAAACUCCCAUAUGAAUCAUCCAAUGAUGAUGGGCAAUCAGGCUAUGAACCAACCUAAUAUGCAAAGCCAGCUCUUGGCUGCGCAGAUCGCACAGCAGCAACGUCAAAGAAUUGCCCAACAGCAACAGCAGCUUGCUUUACAGAAUGCCAAUAUGAUGAACGGACAAAAUGGACAAAUGCCAAACCAGAUGCUACAACAGCAUUUCAUGCGUCAACAAAUGAUGAAUAUGCAAAACCCUGGAAUGAUGAGCCCUGCUCAGCAACAGCAGAUGGCACAACGAUAUCAGCAACAGCUCAACAAUAUGCAACAGCAGCAGCAGAUGCAAGGACAGAUGCCUAAUCAGCAGCAACAAAUGGGUCAUCAAAAUUUCCAAAAUACCAACAACAGUAUGAACCCAGCUCAGAUAGCUGCUAUGCAACAACAGAUGCAACUGCAAAUGCAACAGCAACAACAGGGUCAACAUCCAGGGAAUCCAUCUAACGCGUUAGCAGCGCAAGUACGACAGAGGCAAACGAAUUUUUACCGUCAACAUAUUGCUCAACUUGCCGAUCGAUAUGGUGGUGUACCAAAUAUACCGCACGAGACACACGAGCAGUUUAAACAGACCUGUUUGAAGAAAGCACAAGAAUCAGUACAUCGAGAGAUUUUGCAACGACGACAGAUGACGCAAAAUAUGCAAGGGGGUAUGCAAAAUGGUAUGCCUAAUGGUAUGCCGAAUGGAAUGCAACAAGGGAUGCAAAAUGGCAUGAACGGGAUGAACGGGAUGAUGCAACAGGGCAUGUAAAAACAGCUUUCAGGGGAGUUAAUUUUUUCAUGAGGUGCUGAAGACGUAUCAUAUCUAGUCUUCGGCAAUAGGGGUUUCUUCAAUUAGGAGAAAUGGAACCCUUCCAUGAAUGGACCAAUGGAGGGAUCAUGGUACGGGAGCUGAGAGUUGAGAAUUCUAUUGUUCCUCGUUAGGACUUGAUAUGACGGUGUUAAGGAAUCCGGCGUAUGAGGUCUCUGAAUCCAUACCAUUAUGAUGGUGUGUUCCCUUUGAUUGAACUGGGUGGUUCGAGUUUUAUUUCUUUUCCAUUAUACCCAUUUCGCUGAUUUAUUAUGGCGUCGAGGGUAUCAAAGCAUACACGUAACGAGUGGGAAAUCAUCCUUCAAAGGGGAAUGAGAGAUAUUGUGCGUUGCCUUUCAAUAUAGCUGACUGACCUUAUUCACAUUCUUGAGUACUUGUUUACUCGAAUGUGAAUUAUAUUAUCAUCAGUCUGCUUUAUGUAUAUUACAUAAUUAUUUACCGAAAUGCGUUUAUUUUACUAUCGUCGUUUUUACCUAGGUAUCUAUGUGAAUGUUGUAUAAGAAAGGUACCAAAGUAUGUGUGUGUCUACUCGU